GUUAGGGGCAUCAAAGCUUGCGGAGAGUGUACGAUAACUAAGGUUUUUUUUUCUUUCUUUUUUUGGAUUUUAUGGGGUUACGACCUGAUUGAUACUUUCAAUAUUUCAUUAUCACAAGCCUUUGAAUCAACGUUUAUGCUAAUCAAACUCCAUAUUUCUUCCUCAAGAGCUUUGAAAUUGUUAUUAUUAAUAUGAGAAGGUAAAAUUACGUCCUGCAAAAGCAAUAUCGCUAUACUUUAAGCAAAUAUAAGAUCACAAAUGAAGAAGCAUCUCAGGUAUUCGCAAAUUAAUAAUAAUAACCAUUAUUUUCUAUAUGAUUCUUGAACUAUUGUAUUUCUUUUCCUUUAUUAGAGACGAGGAUUUAUCGAAAACAAGGUCAAGGGCAACCCUUCACUCUGAAAAGUCAAAAUCUGCCAUAUAAGCAUGCAUCUAAGUAAAAUUAUGAAUUCACACUUAAUUUAUUUUUAAAAAUAAUUAACUAAUAAUAUAUAUCAGCAGCAUCACUUUUUUUUUAAAACGUAAUUAGUAUAUAUUUUCAACAUACUAUAUAAAUAACCUAUUUUAACUAACAUGUUAAUACUCUCUCAUUCUUUUGAUCUAAUCUAAGCCGUGUAAUUUUUCGAUGAGUGAGUGUAUAUUGUCUCCUAAACAAAGAUGACUCCUCAAUGGCGUAUUAUUACGUUUGAAGUGAUUAAUUAGUGUAAAAUACUUUAUAAAUAUAUCUUUGAAACUUAAUUGAAAAAGGUUACUAAAUUAAAUACAUUUUUAUUACAUAGUGUCUUGGCGUGUCCAUUAUCUAAUAUCCACUUUUUCUUGCUACCCAUAAUUUAAUUCCACCAUUAUCUUUCAAUCUUUUUCUUCAUCACUAAAAUUAUAUUGUCAUCGAUAAUCAUAAUCUUGACUAAUAAAAAACUACGAUGAAAUGGUAAAUAGUUCUUCAUCUUCAACCAGAAGUCUCAUGUUAUUCAAUCUUUAGGUAUAUAUAAAAUCAUCUUUUGUAAAGAAACAUUUACCUUCAAUAUGAUACCAUUCGACACGAACUCAAAAUUAGUCCAGUCCCAAUACAAAUACCGAACAAUGAGUAAUAAUUAAACAAAAAAAAUUUGAAUCAUGACCAAUGACCCUUUGUCCACACUUUUCUUACUUCCUACGUCAACAAAUAAAAAAAAAUCUCCAUGCUUUCAUAUUAUAUCACACAUUUGAACUCUUUAAAACCACCAUAAAAAAAAAGUUCAACCAAAACAACACAUCAAAUCAAAACACACACUAAACUAUGAAUAACACAACUACAAGGACAAUUUUUUUUUGGUUCAUUUCCUUUACCAUUUUACUAUCUUCCAUCAUUUUCCCUCUAUAUUCCAAUUACCAAACAAAUAAUGCUAAUUUUCUAAAAAGUGUCAUAGAAAAAAGUGGUAUACAAGAUUUCUUUUUUGUGUUUGAUGAAAUUACAAGAUCAUUAUUAUUAUUGCAAAGUUCAAAAUGUGAAAAUUCCAAAUGGAACUCAAAACUUAUAUCAUUAUAUGGAGUUUCUCAUGUUUUAACAGUUGAUUUAAAUGGUUGUGGAAAUUUCAGCAGUAUACAAAAGGCUGUAGAUUCUGUUCCUGAUGAUAGCUCUACUACAACACUUAUUCUAGUUGAUUCAGGCACAUACAAGGAGAAAGUGGUAAUAAACUCUAGCAAAAUAAAUUUAAUAAUAGAAGGUCAAGGUUAUCAAAAUACUGCUAUAGCAUGGAAUGAUACUGCAAAUUCUACUGGUGGAACUGCUAAUAGUUUUACUAUUGCUAUUUAUGCUCCCAAUUUUAUAGCCUAUAAUAUCAGCUUUCAGAACACAGCUCCAGCAGCUUCACCAGGUGAUGUUGGAGCACAAGCAGUGGCUGUAAGAGUAAGUGGAGAUCAAACUGCAUUUUAUGGUUGUGGAUUUUAUGGAGCACAAGACACACUUAAUGAUGACAAAGGAAGACAUUAUUUUAAAGAAUGCUUUAUUCAAGGAUCCAUUGAUUUUAUUUUUGGAAGUGCUAGGUCACUCUAUGAGGAUUGCAAGAUAAAUUCAAUAGCAAAAGAAGAAACAAGUGGUGAAAUAGGAGGAUCAAUCACAGCACAAGGAAGAAAUUCCAAAAAUGAAAAUUCUGGAUUUUCAUUUUUAAAUUGUGUUAUAAAUGGCACUGGAAAAAUAUGGCUAGGCAGAGCAUGGGGAGCAUAUGCUACUGUUAUUUUCUCAAAGACUUAUAUGUCUCAUGUGAUUUCAUCAGAUGGAUGGAAUGAUUGGAGAGAUCCAAAUAAAGAUCAGACAGUAUUGUUUGGAGAAUAUGAUUGCUUUGGACCAGGAGCCAAUUACACAGAUAGGGUAUCAUAUGCAAAGCAAUUAAAGCAAAACGAGGCAGAUCAAUACAUGGAUAUUUCAUUUAUAGAUGGACAACAGUGGAUUUCUAAUGGAAGAUCAGAUACUUAAUUUUUUUAGAUUCUUAUAACACAAGAUACAAACCUUAAUUAAGAUUUUAGAAAAAAAAAAAAUCUUACUAAGGAUAUACAUUAUGAUGUAUUACUUUGUUGUAUAAUGACAAAUAAAAGUUAAUUUUGAAUAUAAUUAGAUUUUUUAGCCUUAAGACUUAUGGGUUAUAUCUAUAAUUAUCAAAUAAGUGAUCUGAUUGUAUAUUUGUUCACAUCGUCGAUACAUAAAACUCAACUCUUUUGCAUGUAUUUAUUCAUUUCCACCUAAAAAAGGAUGUAAAACACAUAUAAAAGAUUAAAUAAUCCUAAUUCUAUCUUCAUAGAGUUCUCGAGAUAUUUAAUUACGAAGUUUUGUUACAACAUCUAUAACCGCUUGAAUAUCUUAUUGAUCUAUUAUAACAAGGAUCACAAUACAAAAUUAGUUAUAAGAAAGAAAUUAAAAAA